AAUCACAGUUAUCCUCACCCCGCCGAAUCUUCAAAUAAUUUAUUUGACCGAACAGUUGGGAGGACGUACUGAAAUAGUCCAGUUAGACUAGAUAAUAAACAUUAAAAAUAAAAACAUAACAGUGAAUAUUAUCAAUUGUGUUUGACGCGAGGUCAAGUCUAUACUUUUUAUGUUUAUGAUUAAAAUAAUAUUUGAACAGAGCAUUCAUUGCAUAAUAAAAAAUGUAAGUUCGUUCUUUAAUAUUUUUGGAAGUCAUUUCUAUUAUUUUGAUACAGUUGCAACCAGGAUGAUGAAUAGAAACUUCUGUACGCUUCUUUGUUUUUACAAUGAGUGCGUGAUGUCCAUUACACUCCCUAGGAGUAUAUCCGGGAACCAAAAAUUUGUACUUUAUUACUUUAAGUGAUGUAUGGGAUCUCGAUAUAGAGAAAUACACUUCUGUUAAGUGAAAUAGCGUACAAGUCUUGGGACGGAUUUUUGAAAUUUUUUAGGUGUGUAAAUUUACUUGACAUUUGUUGCCAUGUUUACCAAUAUUAAGUUAUCAGCAAUCUUCCAAAUUGACAAUAAUCGCAGUUUUCUGAAUUUCAGUUAACUGAGGAGGCAUUAAGUACACUUUUACUGCAACGGAACUCAAAUUAAUUAUUGAAUUAUCUGUCUGGUCUGAUUUACACAGGCAAAAUGAUGUGUCGAAUAUUAUUGUUUAUACUGUUACUAUGCAGUAUCAAAUGUCAAGAAAGUUCUCUCUAUCUUCAAACUGCUGUGAGGGAUCUACGAAGAAUGAAUUACAGACAAACAUUGCGAAGAGCAGAUACAUUGAUAACGAAAAGUACACCCAGACAGGAAACACCACCAUCAGAGGGCGUGGUGAUUCCACCUUUGAGUUUAACAAAAGGAGAAUUAGCAGCACUUUACGAAAGUGCAAUAGCAAAAGGAGAGACCUUGAAACUAGACACUGGAGACAACGGAUACUUACAUGCGGCUGUCCAUGAAUUGGAUCAUGAAAUGUCUGAUUCCAACCACGAACAUCCUCCGGGUGGGGAAGAGUCUAAACAUGAAGACGGAUAUUACUAUUAUUAUUAUCCCGUUAAAAGUUUUAUGGAUGAAAUGGCCAGCGGCAGUUCUACUCGAGAAGAAUCCAAACCAUGGAAAUAUUCAACUACAACUCACCGUCCACCUUAUCAGUACCAUUCACAUCAUCACGAGGUUACAAUUAAAAAGGAGAGUGAACCAAAGGAAAACAAGGAAAAGAAAGGACUAGAACCACUUUUUAUGGCAAUAUCUGGAUUUGUGGGCAUGGCAGUUAUGUUUGUGAUAUCCAUGUUAAUAUUACCAAAAUUUGAAAAUAAAAAACCGAAGAAAGCAUCAUUGUGGCAUAAAAAUGAGGACAUGGAUGAACUUGCUAGAUUAGCUUUGAACGCAAUAGAAGGAAAGGAUUGCAGAGAAAGAUUUGCGUGUGAAUUGAGGAAAACAGCAAGAAAUUUCAAUUUACAGGACAACCGAUUUAUAAAGUUAUUGAAACGUAUAGCCCCUGGUACAUUUGGAAGCCAGCUAGAUAGGAUAUCUAAAUAUGGAGAUAGGCAACUUCAAUGUACUCUUAUACCGUGUACAAAGAGAGUUGUUAAAAUCCAAAAAACGAAUGUAAAAAAGACUCCCGUGAAGAAAAAGAACGUUGCUCAAAAAAAGAACUAGUUGCCACCAAAGUUAUUAGUUUGUAGUAAUUUAUUCAUAUAUUUAUUUUAUUUAUUGCAUUAGUUAAGGGUUUAGAAAGCAAUUCUUUAGAUGCAAAAGUCCGUAUAUACAGGAAUAGACAUGUGGGAGAAUCCCUCUCGAAAACAAUUAUAAUUUUCAAAUGCAAAUCUAUAACUUUCAAAAUAUUUUUUAUAUUUCUGCAAAACAUACAUCUUAUACAAUACACAGCAGUCGGGCAACAAUGCGCUGACCUCUGUAUAUUUACGGUUGCAUUCCACUAGGCACUCACGACAAUUACAAGAUUUUUCCCACUUAGUCCAGCGCGUUAUAAUCGUAAACUCAAGUAAGUGAAAUGGCUUACGAGGCAUUUUGAGCGUUAAGAUAGAUAUUAACUAAUAGAAAAAGAAAAAAAAAAUAAA